UUGAACUGAGUAAAAUGUCAUUCGCAGAUGUUUGCAGACAACAAAAACAAUCGCUUUAUGCUACUGCUUAAAUGAAAGUUAAUAAUAUAGGUUUAAGAACACGAUGGCGAGUGGGAAAUCAUCCAAAAUGCAUUCGUCUAUUCAGGGGCAAAGUAAUGGACAAGAAGUGUUGAGUGAAGUAGAGCAAAAUGAACUGUAUCGAAGAGGAGCAAAGAUGCUGCAUGAGCGAUGCAAGGCUAUUCAGAAAAACAAUGAAAGGAUUGUGUACAGGUUACAUAUCGUGAAAAAGAUGACCAAAAGGAGAAACCGUGAGGUGGAAAUGCUAAAAAAGCGACUCGAUCGAUAUAAUGAUGGAUGGAGAACAGCAACACUACCUACAACGGUGAAGGAGGAUGAGAGUAAAUCAGUAGAGUAACUACUACACUUCUGUUAUAAUCAUACAGCGAAAUCACUCCAUAACCCAUUAUGUUCAGGAUUUAAAUAAUUCUGAAAUCAAUAUUUGCUUAGAGGUCGUAAUGAAUUCCGAAAUAACGUCCCAAUGGCCUGACUGUAGGCAUAAUAGUACCUGUCAGAAUUUCUCGUAAACCUAAUGGGGAUUUGUAGUGAAUUUCAUUUCCUAUUGAAUGAGACAGUUCUGGAUAAAGAAAUAAAACAGCGAUUUCAUCAUA